UUAUGCAACCUUCAGUUUUAAACACAUCGAAUUCUUCAUUUAGAUUAAUCAAAAGUAAAGUAAUUAAAAGAACAAUAUGUCAUGGAGCAUGUGUAGAAGAAUAGGAUAGUAAAUUGUCACUUAACAAAUCUAAAAAAUAUAAUGGGAUUGAGAGUACAUAUAGCACCAAGAAUCUAUCCACUUAUUUAAAUGAAGAUAAUAAUAAAUACAGAUAACCAAAAUUAUAGAUAAAAGUGUAAUAGGAUGCAGCUAAAAGGUUUUCUUUUUUCCAUAUGAGAUAAAAAAGUAGUGAUAAAUUUCAAAUUUAAUAAACUCCAAUAGUAACAAAAGAAGUCGUUGCUGAAUUAAAAUCUACAUUAAAUAGAGUACGUUCUUCUAAAUCGAUCGUUUGA